AUGGAUAAAAAUGCUACUAUUGAGGAGGGAGAGAGCAGAAAUGGCUUGGAACUGGUGAAAUCAAUUUCGGAUAAGCAUCUUGAUCUUUUGAGACCAUCAGCUCGAUAUUAUUCAAUGUUUAAAGGACAAACGGCAGACCAUGAAAAAGGCAAGUAUACUCUGAUUCGAGAUGGAGAUGACUCCCAGCUGGGUAUCUAUGACAAACCUCUUCCUUGCUUUGGCUGUGGAAUAGGAUGGUUCUCUUUUUUAGUGGGUUUUCUGUGCCCACUACUGUGGUACUAUGCUACAUUCUUGUAUUUAAGAAACUACUAUCGUAAGGAUCCUAGGGAACGAGCUGGACUUGCUGCUUCUGCAAUUGCAGCAAUGGCAUGCUCUGUCGUGGUGUUGAUUGUUAUUGCAAUUCUACUUUUCUAG